GGGCAACACUUUCUACUUGCUCUGGCGCUCAGGCGCGUGUUUCAAAUUACACGGAACCAGAUUUAGAUUCUCACUAACAUCCAAAUCGAGAUAGAGAUCAAGAUCGGAAAAGGCUAGUUGCAGUUCCAGAUCAAUUGAUAUCCGCUGCGAUCAAGCAUACGCCGUGUGGACCCCGCUCGUGCCUGCUCUGAAUAAAUUUUCCACUAACGAGAUCAGUUCGUUUCUCAGAUCUCUGGUCGUAAGAAGAGAGUUGGGGGCCUACAGUGUAGAUUCAACACCUACCUGACGAAUUCGUUAUAAAAUAACUCUAUUUAGCGGAAAGUGUUCGCGAGAGAGAGAAGCCGGCGGAAGUUUUUCCUCGGCCGGAGUUUACGAUUAAAUUGAAUGGCUGACCCUCGAACGCGGCUAGAUCGAUUCGGACCUUCGAAGAGGCAGGUUCUUCGAGACGUUCUUCCCUUGCCAGAUCCAAGCUCACCGCCAACAUGAGUCAACCAUGGAUUUCGGUAGUGAUGCUGCUGCUCUGCUACUGCGAUGGACCCACCACCACGGCUGUCACCACGGCCUCGGAGGCCCAGUCACUGGAUGCCCUCACCGUCUGCCCGCCUAGUGUGGGCUGUCUCAAGGGCACAAUCCGCGCCGGCUACCAGGUGGAACGGUUCGAGGCCUUCAUGGGCAUUCCCUACGCCCUGCCGCCUGUCGGAGAGCUGCGAUUCAGUAACCCGAAGGCGAUGCCGAAGCUGCGAGGAGUUUACAAUGCCAGUCAGGCCAGGACGGACUGCAUCCAGAAGAACUACCUGCUACCCACCCCCAUAGUUUACGGCGAAGAAGACUGUCUGUAUCUGAAUGUCUAUCGGCCGAUCAGACUCCGACCAUCUAGCCUUCCUGUGAUGGUCUACAUUCAUGGCGGUGGCUUCUUCGGCGGCUCUGCCGGACCAGGUGUCUCAGGACCCGAGUAUUUCAUGGACUCCGGAGAGGUCAUACUGGUAACAGUGGCCUAUAGACUGGGCCCGUUUGGUUUCCUGUCCACCCAUGAUGCUGCCAUGCCCGGAAACUUUGGUCUGAAGGACCAGAACAUGGCCCUGCGCUGGGUGCAGCGAAACAUUCGCUACUUCGGUGGUGACCCCUCGAGUGUGACUAUCUUCGGACAGAGUGCCGGAGGCGUGGCGGCCCACAUGCAUCUAUUGAGUCCUCGUUCCAGAGGACUCUUCCACCGCGUAAUCAGCAUGAGCGGCACUGCCAAUGUGCCUUUUGCCAUUACGGAUGAGCCCCUUAGGCAGGCCCGUCGCCUAGCCGAGCUGGCUCGGGUGAAGGAUGCCAGGAAUCUGAGCACUGUAAAGCUCACCCGGGCACUCCGUCGAUUAAAUGCCGUAGACUUGCUGAAUGCGGGCGAUGGCCUCAAGUACUGGGAUGUCGAUCACAUGACCAACUUCCGUCCAGUAGUGGAGAGAGGGAUUUCCGAGGGAGAGAUCUUCUUGGGUGAUCAUCCGAAGGAUAUGCUGAAAAAUGGUAGGCUCCCGGCCCUGCCCCUGCUCCUUGGCACGGUGCCGGGGGAAGGAGCUGUUCGGGUGGUGAACAUCAAUGAGAACCAGACACUUCGCGAAAGCUUCAAUUCCCGCUUCGACGAACUGCUCCAAGAGCUAAUGGAGUUUCCUCCUGGCCUUGACCAGGAGAGACUCAAGCAGGGCAUGAAGCUUCUGGUGGGCGAGUAUUUCCAGGGCCAGCACAAGGUCAACGAUGAGACUGUCCAAGGAUUCAUGGAUUUAAUCACGGAUCGGGGCUUUAAGCAACCCCUCUACAAUACCAUUCGUCAGGAAGUCCACCGUGGCUCGAAUCCUGUCUUCCUGUACAGCUUCAACUACCGCGGUCCCCUCAGCUAUGCCUCGGCCUAUACUCUCGCCGAUGUGUCUGGAAAAUACGGAGUGGUUCACUGCGAUGAUCUGCUCUACCUCUUCCGGAGCCCUUUACUCUUCCCUGAUUUUGAACGAGACUCCACAGAAGCCAAAGUGAUUAAGUCUUUUGUGGAUUACUUUGUUUACUUUGCAAAGUUCGGAAAACCUAGGAAUUCGGAGGCCCUGACCCAGUGCACUCGGGAACAGCUACAAUCCCGUCCAACUGGCAUUUGCGAUUACCAAGAGUUCGUAAACUCCCCCAAGGGUUUUGAAAUCCAGGUGGCCAAAGAAUUUCAGAUCGGCAGGGUUAAGCUCUGGGCCAGUAUACUCAAUGAGGACAGCAGUGGUUCCUAGUCAUCAUCAACAGUAUACAUAUUAUUAUAUUAAGUUCUGUCUCUUAUGUUUUAUAUUUAUGUAAUGUAAGGAAACAAAAACAUAACUUUUUAAUAAUACAGUAAAUUUUUAUAUUCA